AUAUAUUCUUCGAUAGCGAUUAGUUGUGUAGCGUUUGAGCGGCAGAGUAUCCGCGGUGAUCAGUAAGGACGCGGUUCACCAGAACAUUCGACACAGUAGCCGACUCAGUACCGUAGCGGCGCGGGUUCAGUCCCGAAUGCCUCCGCCUGCUCUCUCCUGAGGCACUGCACAGGAUAUGAAGUAAUACCUCAUACGCUCUAUUUAGUGCACUACGUAGUCGGUAGAGAGGCAUUUGAGGCUGAGUCGCGGUUUUGUCAGGUACGAGUCCGGACUUUUCUACUUUGUACAUACAUUAUUUUGUAUAUACUGUUUAUGAUGACUUCAGUGGUUGCUGACGCCACCCGAGGAAAUCGGGACAGAGUGCAGCCACAGACCUCACACACCUCACAGCCACAGAAACAGAUUCAGGCCACAGCAGAACAGAUUCGUCUGGCUCAGAUGAUUGACAAAAAUGAUGCCGAUUUUGAGGGGAAGGUCAAACAGCUCAUUGAGGUCACAAGCCGAAAUCAGGACGAGUGCAUGGUGGCUCUUCACGACUGUAACGGGGACGUCAACAGGGCCAUCAACUUCCUGUUGGAAGAGGUUCCUGCCAAGGACUCCUGGGAGACGGUGGGGAAGAAGAAGAGUGUGGGUAAAGAAGGUGUAACAGCAGAGACAAAAGAGCGAAGGGUUGACAAGGAGGGCAGGGGCCGUGGUGGUCCAAACAGACGCGGUCGUGGAGCCAGCCGCACCCAGGAAGGCCGCACUGAGGAGAACGGGUUUGACUCGACUCCAGGAGAAAGAGGAGAGCGCGGGCGGAGAGGAAGAGGGAGAGGAGCAGGAGGGAGAGGAAGAGGCCGAGGAGAUGGUGUGAAUAGGUUCUCUCAGGGAAUGGGGACGUUUUACACUGCUGAUUACACUGGCUCUGCUGAUCCAGGAGAGACGGCCAACGACACUACUGAUGGAGCAGGAAACUGGAGAAACAACCUGGAAGACUGGGCUGCAGAAGACUGGAAUGAAGAUCUUUCUGAGACCAAAGUGUUCACUGCCUCCUUUGCGCUUGCUUCCCAGAACCACGUAACACCUGGACAGGGGGUCGAUCUGAGUUCUCUGUUGCCAAAAGCGGCAGAGGUGGACUCUGAUCUGGCUGGGUUGGAGCCGUCGUCCCCAGAGCCGCUCACACAGAGCCUGGUGUUUACCAACUCUCAACAACACACGGCUCGCACACAGACGCACAGCUAUGCCUCAGCUGCUGCCAACAGCUAUGCUUCUGCCGCUGCUGGCACCUACGCCCACGCCGCCUCGUCUUUGGGCUCCAGACCACCUCAGCCUGAUGUACAGAAAACUGAGCCAGUCAGUGUCCCCCGCAUCACACCUCUGUCCAAUCAGACGCCGGUUGCCCUGACUAAUGGCAGCCCUGUUGGAGAAUCCAGUUCUCCUCCCCCUGCUGCACCUGCAACCUUAUCUUUGAAUGAACCCAAAGCUGAGUUCCCUGUUACAGUGACUCACAUGGAUCUGAAGGCCCAGCCUGACCCCUCCCCCAUCCUCAGUCAGCUGACCCAGCAGCAGAACUCCACACUCCUAUCGGACCUGCCGGCUCAGGGCCGAAACCCUUCUCCUCCUCUGCCGCUUCAAGACAUCAGUUCGCCUGUGCUGAAACCCCUCGGCGAGACCAGUGCCCCUGCCAUCGCAGAAUCCCAUCAGCCCAAACAAAUCAGACCCCAGAGACGCAGAUUGCCCCCUCCCUCCAAAAUACCUUCUUCAGCAGUGGAGAUGCCAGGCUCUGCUGAUGUGUCUGGGCUGAAUGUGCAGUUUGGUGCUCUGGAUUUUGCUUCUGAGGCUGCUGUAGAAAGCCCUGGUCAGUCAGAAAUCAGCCAGGAACCUGCUCCUCCUGUUGCCCAAACCCAGAGCAACCUGUACUCCAAACCCAGCACUGUCAGUGAGCCAGUGGCUGGUCUUCCUCCUGCCCUAACUACCGCAACAAUGGAGCCCAGAUAUACCUCUCCCUCUCUGGGGUUACCCACAGCCACAGCCCCUGCACCAUCCACUUCCUCCAGAGCAGAAUCUUCCAGUCUACACAAGGAAACCACCACCACCACCUCUGCCACCCCUCUGACUAAUGGAUUCAGUGAAGUACGACCCUCCAGUACACAAGAUGCUGUCCCCUCAAGCACUCCUCAGUCCAUGUCUACAGCACUGUCCUCUGAGAACGGCAUGGCUGCUUCAUCCUUACCAUCGUCCUCGUCGUCUGCACCAGCCCCAACACCCAGCACCGCCCUUCCCUCCCUCAGCAGUCAUGUGAGCAGUGGAACUACAUUAGGAUCUGCUGCACCUGCCACUAGUGGCCUCAGUGUGGCCAGUGAUGUCAGCGGGAGUCUGUCUGCCUUCUCAGGCUCAGUUCUCACCUCAAGUGGCCUGAGCAACGGUGCACCAGGCCUGUCUACCAACGGCCCCUCAGCUCCAUCCACAGGACGGUCUGCACCAAUGCACCAGACUGCCACUGCCACCACCACUGGCAAAGCACCACCCAACCUGGCUCAAGGUGUGCCUCCACUGUUGGCUAAUCAGUACAUCAUGGGACCUGGAGGACUACUUCCUGCUUAUCCCCAGAUCUAUGGCUAUGAAGACUUGCAGAUGAUGCAGUCACGGCUACCUAUUGAUUAUUAUGGAAUGACUGCCUUCCCUGGUACAACAACCCUUGCUGCCAGAGAUGGAGGAUUAGCAAACAACCCUUACUCAGGUGAAGCUACCAAAUUUGCUCGUGGUGAUGCGCCCUCCCCGGCACCCACCACCAGCCUCUCAUCGGUUGCCCCCUCGCAAUCUGAGCCUGGCACAGUUCCUCCCCAAACACAGGCACCACAGAACCCUGGCCAGGCCUUCCUGAAUCCCCCUCUGCCCCCUGGCUAUGGCUAUACGAGCCUGCCCUACUAUGCUGGCAUGCCAGGUGUGCCCAGUGCCUUCCAGUAUGGCCCCACCGUCUUCAUGCCACCUGCCUCAGCCAAGCAGCAUGCACAGUACCAGCACCAGGCUGGUUACGGAGGACAUACCUAUGUUUCAGGUUUUGAUGACCUGUCUCAAGCUCAUGCUGGAGGAGAUUAUGGGAAAGGAUAUGGCGGCAGCUCUCAAUCACAAGCCAAGCCAAGCAACAGCACAGGAAAAGCACCUGGACUUUCAGGCUCUGCCAGCUCCGAUCUUGGUGCAACUGUGUACAGCAAGACACAGUCAUUUGAUAAACAGGGUUUCCCCACGGCGACCCCAGCAACGUUCAGCCUUCCCUCUGCUUUGGGAGGCACUGGACCCCUGAACCCUGGAGGAGCCCCUGGCUAUGCCCCUGCCCCUUUCCUCCACAUCCUGCCCCCCCAUCAGCAACCUCCCUCUCAGCCUUUUCACCACCACAUGGCCCAGGACACACAGGCUCAGCGCAGUCAGUCCAGCAGCAUGCAGAAGAGCCAGGGCAAGUCCAACUACAGCAGCUCCCCCUACUGGGCCAACUGAUCUCAUACUGGAACACAGUCCAAAUCUCAUUCUUCAGUCCUGCUGCUGGCUUGAUAUGCACAAACACACACACACACACACACACACACACACACACACACACACACACACACACACACACACACACACAAUCUCUCCCAGAUCCCCCCUCCAAAGUUUUCCUCUGCCUAUUUCUUUUGUUUGGUUUUUUCCUUCUCCAAAUUUGGUUUUUCAUGUAAAAUAUUAAUGUAAGUAUUUAUAUAUACUGUAAAUGUUAAAGCCGAACAUGAGUUGUGGUCGCGCCAUUUUAUUUUUUUGAAGGAUAUUUUGCUUUUGUUUACUUUUUAAAAACUGCAAAGAUGUAGCGAGAACGGAAAACUUUUGAGGAUGAUGGGGACAAAUGACUUCGCAAUGAGUGGUUGAGAUGUGAAAGAUGACAAGGAGGAGGAAGUCAAAAGAUGGGGGGGCGGAUUUCAGGAGAGGUUAAUUUUAAGGGAUUUAAAGCAUUAAAUGCUUGAAUUGUUACACAGUGGGCUAUGCCACAGUAAAAGGGAAAAGAUGUCUGCCGAAUACUAUUCUCCUUUCCACUGGCUCCAAAAGUUAACACACAAAGACCCACAAGUUUUAUAUUGAACUCCUGUUGCCCUCUAAAUAAAGGUUCUGAGCUAUUCAA